UUCAUUAAUGCAUUUGAGAAUUGAUAUGAAAUACGGCUGUUCAAUGAAUUUAUUAACGUUAUAAGUGAAUUAUAGAUUAAUAUCAAUCAGCUACUGCUAAUUAAUUGGCUUCCACAUUUUAAGCAGUCAUGGCAAAUCAUUACGAAGUGCCUAACUGGGCUGGGAAACCACCAACUGGUCUUCAUUUGGAUGUACUAAAAGGCGAUAAACUGAUUCAAAAACUAAUGCUAGACGAGAAGAAAUGCUAUCUUUUUGGUAGAAAUCCACAAAUGAAUGACUUUUGCAUAGAUCACGCGAGUUGUUCCCGUGUACAUGCAGCAUUUGUGUAUCAUAAGCAUCUAAACAGAGCAUUUUUGGUGGAUUUGGGAAGCACACAUGGAACAUACAUCGGUCAAAUGCGAUUGGAACCAAAUAAACCAACACAACUACCAAUAGACUCUAACUUCCAUUUUGGUGCCUCAACUAGAAAUUACAUUAUAAGAGAGAGACCGACAGGCAACUCCAGGGGCAUUAUGGAAGAUUUGCCGAACACAGAAACAGAGGGUGCCUUGUUAGGAUUACCGGAGACACAGACUGAAUUGGAUAACUUAACAGAAUUCAACACAGCGCACAACAGAAGAAUUUCUAUGUUGGGCAUCCCCACAAAUGAUGAUGCUGAUGUCAUAAAGCCGCAAACCGGCACCAAGCGGUCCGCGUCCACGCAGGGUGGCGUGGCCAAGAAGCAGAAGCGGAACGUCUCUUUCAACGAGGAGGUCGACAUCAUCAACCCGGAGGACAUUGAUCCAUCGGUUGGGAGGUUCAGGAACUUGGUGCGGUCCACUAUAGUACCCAACGCUAAUGUACCAACUAAGAAGAUUAAACUGCAGAAUCCUGAUGAGAGUCACGUCCACCACUCGCUGCGUCUACAAGAGAUAUCUCGCGGUACGAAUCUGUACUCCGACCUGCCCGCACCGACGUCCUCGCCGUUCAGUCUUAUCGGUGCCAGGUUGGGCAUAUCGCUGCCGAAUCCAGCACCAGACGUGGAGUUGGAAGGUCCAGAGCCACAUCUCAAUAUGCAUCCACCUCUACCACAUUCGGCGUCAGAAGAAUCUGGUGCUUCUAGCGAGCCGAAAAAGAAGAAAUACGCAAAGGAAGCGUGGCCGGGACGAAAACCGGGACUCAUAUCCGCUGUUUGAAAACACAUACACACAGACAUACAGACUUUUAUAUACGUGUUGUGCGUAGAACGUUCGAGAAUGUGCGUUAUUACAUUCAAAUUACGAGUGUGUUUGGCCUUGAUUCUGUUAGUUUAUGAAUAUUAGUCUGUGUAUGUUGUGGUAUUAAAUAUUUGUUCAAUACUUGCGGUUUUUGGGAUUCUGAGGUUUGUUUGAUCCGAAAAAACCAAAUUCGUGCUUUAGCGUGCUCAAUUCCCACACUAAAAAAAUAAGCAAACCGUCAAGGUCCCACAGUCAAAGGAUAACUCGCAUGCCGUUCUCGUGGGAUAUUUAGGAUCAAACCUUUCUAUUCUGUCUUUUCUCAAGUGUUAAACUAUCUUUCUAUCAAAUUUUAUCCAUAUAGGUUAAGGUGAAAGCGAAACAGACAGAUCGACACAGUUCUUUUUUAUUACGUUAUACGAAGAAGGAAUUACAUUAUUGACUUAUACCAAUAAUCUUCCUUUGAGUAGUCCGUAUAACUUUAAUUAAAUAUUAACUUAUUAAGGUCUAGGUAGGACUUUUGGCCCGCCUAGACCCUUUCAAGAUAAAUCUUGUUUCCCACUUUGAGCAACAUACAACUGUCGUAAUAGUGAUAGCAAUUUUACUUUAUCAAUUUAGAAAAAACUGUGUUAGUGCGAUAUACAUCCAUAUAAUACACAAGUAGCGCCAUCUAGUGAAAAUGUUCUUAAACUUUCCCCCAGUAUUUCAUAUGAAAAGUUAGUUUCUUAAUUUGUGCCGGAAAACGUAGCUAUUUUUUUUAAUCAUUUAAAAGAGAAUCCAUGGUUUUUAAAUUUUCACACAAAUAAAAUCUCUCAUACUGCCAAUAUCUCACCAUUAAAUCUUUAUCUUUUUUCAAUAUAUCUUUAAAUAGAAAAUAUGAUAAAGCAUCAAUUUAGAAACGCAAAUAAUUCCUAAAGAGGGCGUUAACAAGCUCUAAAUAACUAGCUGCACGCCCGGCUCCGUCCGUAGGAUCAUUUGCCAUUAUUGAAAUAAUAAAAACUAUCCUAUAUUUUAAGUUGGAUCAAACUGCACAUGGUAUGCGGAUUUUAUUAAAAUUGAUUGAGUAGUUAGGGAGUACAUCACGGACAAACAACGUGACAUGGAAUUUAUACAUAUUAAGAUAUAGCAAUAUAAAUUGUCCAAUUGUAUAAGAUAUUAAAUAACACGUUAACUGAAUCUAUUGACCUCAUUAAAUAUUAAUAAGUCGGUUAAUUAUAAUGAAUACUUAAGUAUUAUUACAGGAAUAUUGCGGUAGUUAAAUUUAUUUUGUGGUCGUCAAUUGGAAGAUAAGAAAUUAUAAAUGUGCGCUAUCCUAAUAAUUUAAUAUGAUAGUAUAACUAACUUCGUGGAUUUAGUUUUACUGAUUUAGACGAAAUUGAUACAGAGAUAGUUUGAGACAGUUAUAUAUAUUUUGUUUUUUCGGAAAUCCAAGUGAGUUUUAUUGAGUGGUAACUCAUAACAGAAUCAAGGCCAAUAAUUUAUGACUAAUAGAGCGCUUAGAUUGUGACGUGGUAAUAAAUUCGAUAAAUACAUACGAAAAUAUACCCUACAUGGGUCGAAGAAGGUACAAAUUGGUGUAACGUUAAAAUUUAAAAAAUAUUAAAGUUUCGUACAUGAAUUGUGUUCAAAUAUAAACAAAAAAUUAGGCUGUUAUUAGCGACCAUUUGUAGUUUAUAUAAAAUAGGUAAGCUACGGUAUAAACAAGAAAGUUUGUAAGUAUGGAUAAUUUUUAGUCCUUUACGCGAAACAGCCUAUCGUAACUGUAUGAAAUUCAGCACAGAGAUAGUUAGUAGUCUGGAUUUGCACUAUCUACACGGGUGCACGCGAGUGAUGCCGCGGUUUACAGCUAGUGUUACAUAAAAUAAAAUCUACGGAUAUUUUAUAUUUCAUUAAAUGUCUUCAAAUCUAUGAAAAAAAUUCUGUUAUAUUAUGAUAUGGAAGAAUUAUAGCUUAUUUUAACGUCUUUAAUAAGAAAAUAAAAUUUAUAAAUUUUUCUUUUUGUUUUUAAUGAAAAUGUUCAUUUUCCUCAUAACGAUAGAACAAUAAUGAAUUAAAUGGAGAUUUAUACUGUAUAUCUAGUAACAUAUAUUUCGGAUCCUAGCCUCUGUUUAAAUUUAUUGAAUUAAUUAAAUUGCAUCCAAGUAAAGCCGGGGCGGAUCGCUAGUUCAUAAAAAGUAUGUAAUGUGACCAAUUAAAUUAUGCGUAAACCAAGUAAAAUGUUUCAAAACUGAAUUAACAAUGAUUAGUUAUUUAUAUGUAUGUAAAACUGUAAAAUGUUUCCGGUGAAUUAAUGACUAUUUAAUUUUUCGGAUUACGAUGUAUAUAAUUACAGAUUUGGUUACUUCAUUUUAUGAUAUUUUUUAUUUAUAAAGCAUUUUCAAUGCUUUAGCAAACUAAAAAAAUUAAACAUUACAACAAAUUAAUUUUUAGAAUGUUAGUGUCAAUUCGUCGCCGAUUUAACAGCACCGGCUGAUGAUCAUGGGUUUUAUUGAUAUGUAUUUUUUAAGAUACAUAGUAAUUAUUUGAUCUUUAGAAAGGUUAUCUUAAACACGCUUAUAAGGACCACAACACACAAAAAAUAAAAAAAAAAACUUAAAAUUUUAUUCUUUAACUCAUGGUUUUGUCAUACGAUAGAAAGAAGGCGUAAUAAGCGCGCGUCAGAGCGCUAACCUGACGCCGCUCUAUGACGCCAUCUUGUGUUUGUACCACGCGCUACUGGCUUUCUCAGAUAGAUCGCAUACUUAGCGCGCGUCAGAGCGCCCAGCCUGACGCCGUGCUGUGACCCUGUAUUGUGUUGUACUACGCUAAGUACGCCUUCUGACCUAGCCAUUAGUAAUGUUCCAUUUCAUUAGUGUAUAUCAUUAUUUUGUACAUUUGAAUUUGAAAUUUUAAUGAGAGGAAAUUUAGAUUUGAUUAGUUUGAACAUUUAUUUUUAAACUAAUCGAAUAAGCGUUUUACUCACAGCGAUGGACGUUUUAAAUAUUGUUUUCAUGAGCUAGUGUUAGAUUUUACAGAAUUGCACUUUUUAUUUAAGCGGCAGAUUUUUCAAUGUCUAAAACAUAAUGCUCUUUUAUAUAAUUUGAACGAAAGAAAGAAAUAGAGUGUUUAUUAUUAAAUGAAUUUUGACCUUGAAAAGUCUGCCAAGGAAUACAAUUUUUUUU